GCGAAGGUCAAGCUACCGCCAGACCUGGUGGCACACGUGGGACGAGGCCAUGUUUUGGUCGGCCGAGGCGAGAGAGGAUCUGACGUGGUGGAUCCAGUCGUUGGACGGGUGGAACGGCCGGCUGCUGGUGCCGCCGCGCCGGCUACAUGCGACUUUCAGCUCUGCACGGACGCAUCAGGAACAGGCUGGGGUGCGACCCUUUCCGCGCCUGUCGGCCAAACCGCCUCAGGCUUCUGAGGGCCAGAGUUGGAGCGUAUGUUCGGUCCACACACGAUCGACCGGUUCGCAGCCCUGGUCACAGCCCUGCUGCCGGUCUACAACAGCCGGUUCCGGGGCCCGUGCACGUCCGGAUUAGACGCACUGGGCCAGUCCGAUUGGAACCAGCACAACAACUUCGUCAACCCGCCGUUUCGUCUGAUUCCGCGGGUGCUGGAUGUGGUGGAGGCGCAGCAGGCGGUGGCCACCCUGAUCGCGCCACUGUGGCCGGGAGCGCCCUGGAUGGGGCGGCUGCGGCGGCUCAGCGUUUGUCCGCCGGUUCAGCUGCCUCCAGUGACGCAGAGCUGUCUACCUCUGCUGCAACACCGGCAGAUCGAGCCGCACCGCAACAGGCGGUGGACUCUGUGCGCCUGGCGGAUCUCUGGAGAGCCCGGCUAGAGGCGUCUGGAUGGUCUCGGCCAGCACGUGAGCAGCUGCCUCUGUGUUUGGCGGCAUCCACUCUGUUAAAUUAUGACCGUUAUAUCGCACAGUUUCGAGAUUUUUGUCAAGAGCGCGAGGUUGAUUUUCCCCCUUCCGCCUCGGCGGCGAUUGCAGAUUUUUUUUGUUACGAAAUGUAGCAAGUCCACGCGACCUCACUCAACUACGUUGCAUGUCGGCAGCGCUGUCA